AUGGACCCACGGCGCACGACGUACGCCCAAGUCCCAUACACGGUCUACGACCCGCGCCAGGCGACGUUGUCCGACCGUACGCUCGAGGAAGGAUUCUACCAAGCCCCUCAAGCUUAUGUCCCGUCGCGUGUGGACGCGGCGGAAGCGCAGGUCGGUGGCCGUGCCGUUAGGCAGCAGGCGCCUCCCCGUGGUCCGGAGACGUUCGGACAUUUGGAAGGGUAUCCGCAAGGCGCAGCCUACGGCGGUCACCCCAUGCAGCCCGCGCCGAUGGCGCAAGGGCCGGCCUACGCACCCGGGUUUGCGGGUCCGUCUGGCCAAGCGUACGCGCCGGCGCUGCCGACGGAUACGUACGCGGCGUCGAUGUCGGUGCCAACAACGAGCAGCGGGUCGUCGGAGACGAUCACAUUCGGCAGCUCGGGUCAUCACGGGCCGCAUGGAAGCAGCUCGGGACCGCGUGGCACGUACCACCAUCGCCAGACGUUGUCUACCAUCAUCAACAACGGCCAUCGUGUGACGCAGCCGGUGCACCAGUACACGUCGUAUCAUGUGCAUCACACCCAUGUGCCCCAACCGCAGCCGGUCAACGCGCAGUGGGCCCACGAAGAGCAGUUGCGCAUAUGGGCACGCGCACGAGAAGAGACCGAGCGGGCAAUGGCGCAAGAACGGGCCCGGCUGGAUCACGAGCGUCACGCCAUUCAGGCGGCGGCGCACCACGAAGCUCAAGCGCUCGCGGCGCGUUUGCAACAAGAGGCGGCGCUGCAAGUGCAGCAGGGCGCGUAUGAGCUCUCGCAACAAGCCGCGGCCUUUCGCACGGAGGUCGAGCGUGAUACCCUUGGGUACCUCGAUGCGCGUCAACGUCAAGUUUACGAGCAAGCGUCCGCGGCCUUUGCCCACGAAAUGCAGGCGCAAAGAGCACUGGUACAAGAAGAGAUGCGCGUGGAACGAGAACGCCUCGCCGAGCGCGAAGCUCACAUGCAGGCCUACUACGUCAACGAGCUCCAGCGCCUUACUGCCGCUCGCGAUGCUGCGCCGGACACGCCCUCGGCGUCCGGGGAUCUCGCCCGUGCGCGCCAGGACCCGUUGCCAGCGUCUCCUCCGUCUCCCAAUGUCUUCAUGGGGGAGGACCGGUGUCUCCCGCGCCGCCGUUUGUUUUCUUGUCUCCACGACCGAUGCCCGCGGCUCCUGUGAC